UUAGCUUCUAUGUGUUUAUUUCCAUCCAAUAUGCUUUUGAGAAACACCAUGCAGGUUUCAAAGUCUUGUCAUCAAGGUUGAAAAAGCUGGAGAACCUUCAUCUAAGUCGAAAUCAGUGCAACGACAGCAUUUUUUCAUCUUUAAGUGGAUUUUCAUCUCUCAAGCAUUUAGAUCUGUCAUUCAAUCAGCUGACAGGAUCUACUGGUAUCAAUAGUUUUCAACUCCACCCGGUGAGGCUGGGAAAGUUAGAGAACCUUGACCUGCGUGGCAAUCAAUUGAACAGUAGCAUCUUAUCAAUUCUGAGUGGGCUUUCAUCCCUCAAAUCUUUGGAUCUAUCAAAUAAUAUGUUGACAGGAUCAGGGACUUUCUUCAAUUCGAGCACUCUUGAAGAAUUGUAUCUAGAUUAUACUUCUCUCCCAUUAAACUUUCUCCCGAAAAUCAGAGCAUUGCCAGCUCUUAAGGUCUUGUCUGUUAGUGAUAGUAACCUCAAUGGCACCCUGCCCACUCGAGGGACUUUUUUCAAUUCGAGCACCCUUGAAGAAUUGUAUCUAGAUUAUACUUCUCUCCCAUUAAACUUUCUCCAGGACAUCGGUGCAUUGCCAGCUCUUAAGGUCUUGUCUGUUGGUGAAUGUAACAUCAAUGACACCCUACCCGCUCAAGGCUGGUGUGAAUUGAAGAAUCUGGAGCAAUUAGAUCUCUAUGGAAAUAAUUUAGGAGGUUCACUCCCAGAUUGUUUGGGAAACUUGUCAUCUCUACAACUAUUAGAUGUUUAUGAAAACUAGUUUACUGGAAAUAUUGCAUCUGGUCCUCUUACCAACCUCAUAUCCAUUGAAUUCCUCUCACUAUCAAAUAACCUCUUUGAAGUUCCCAUUUCAAGGAAGCAUUUUAUGAACCAC